AGCUUGCCAUUUGAGCAUGUGUGUGUGUGUGUGUGUGUGUGUGAGAGAGAGAGUGAGUGAGUGUGUAUUUGUGUGUGUUCUGAAUGGCUCCUCAACCGGUCAGAGUCAGCAGCGUCUGUGCACAGAGGUGACUAUGCCCCGUGUGUGUUUGAGGCAGAGGACGCGUCUGUCUGCUUUAUUCUUUCAUACCUUGUCCUGGGCCUGUUCAGCAUCCAUUGACCCCGCCCCCAAAAUUGACGGACAGCGGACCUCGUCGGUUACCGUACAGGAGAACAUCACUCACCACUUCAGCUGCCAAUCAGAGGGCUGGGAUGCUCAAGCCCCGCCCCUGCUCACCUGGUACCUGAACGGUGAGAGGCAGAGCGAGGUGAGGGGCCGCCAGGGGGCGGGGCGUCUGGUGAUGACAUCAUCGCAGGAUUCCGGAACGCUUCAAUACGGAUCGGAGCGCAACAGCACGUUCACACUGAAGCCGAAGCGCUGGGACCGAGAGCUGGUGUGUGCGGCACGAAACCCCACCAGAGGAGAGAGCUACAACGCCAGCGUCACGCUCAACGUCCAGUUCCGUCCAGAGAUCCUGCGUGUGGACGCUCACUACAGCCAGAGCUCGGACCCAGGCCUCGCCCUCAUUCUCUUCGCUUUGGUUCGCUCCAACCCCCCCGCCACCAUCCGCUGGGUGGAUCAGUCCGGUCAGCUGCUGGCCAACAGCUCCGACUUCCUCAUCCUGGACUCGCGCAGCUUACCCUGGCUGACCAAUCACAGCCUGCAGCUCACGCUCAGCAGCCUAUCAGGAAACAUCACCGUGAACGCUAACAACAGCCUUGGCUCCGCCCACAGCAACCUCACGCUCACAGAGUUCCUGCAGUCGCGUGUGGAGGUGCCGGUGUUCGGGAUCGUGACGGGUGGUGUCGCCGGCUUCAUCACCCUCCUCAUCUUCACCCUGAUGGUGUUCUUCCUCCUUCAGAAGGACAAAACCAAAGCCCUCGAGGAGCCUGCAGUGCGUCUCUCCACCAAACGUGAGAACAGCGUGUAUUUGCCGCGGGAGAACAUGUCUCUGCCGUCACACGUGCAGCUGAACGAGGACCGAGCGCUCUGUAAGGGACAGAGCUCCAGACCCAACACACUGGAGAGGAGACGAGCCGAGGACGAGGAGGAGGACCUGUCUGCAGCCUACGCCGCCCGAGGUUUCGCUCGCUAUCCGAUGGUCGGCUACAUCUAUAAAGUCAGCAGCACCAGCAGCGACGAGAUCUGGCUCUGAUUCACACACACAAACAGAGCCAUGAUUAACCAACGGCUGACCUCUGACCUCACGCCACGCCGAGACUGAUGAAUCUCUUAGACAUCA